AUGCACUUCCAACCGAUAGAAGCCUCCGACGAGGACGCGUACCUGCCGCAUGGUGGAGGCGGUGGCUUGGAAGCGGCCGCAGCAUCAAGGGCGGCGCACGAUGAGCUGCUUGAUGAUGUCUUUGGCUCUGAGCCCCCCUCACCAGCUGCCGAACAUCGGGACCUACGAGGCGCGGCUCACCCAUCGGAUAUGCAUCGCCUGGAGACGGAGCAUGCGACAGCAGGGUACCGAGAGGGAAUCACCGUAUCCAAGGAGUCUAGCAUGCAGGCGGGCUUCGACGAGGGGUUCAGUUUGGGUGCGGCCAUUGGGCUGCAGGUUGGCCAGCUGCUAGGCACGCUUGAAGGAGUCUUCGACGCAGUCAAGGGUGAGCCGGGCGAGGCAGCAAAGGUGGCGGAAUCGCAGCUGGCCAUGGCACGGGAGGAGCUCGCCACGAGCCGCAUCUUCAGCACUGACUAUUGGGCGCCCGACGGGAACUGGACCUACAAAGUCGAGGCUGGCGAGGGAGGUGACGUUCUCUUCUCAGAUGUGGCAAAGGCUCACCCCCUCCUCCGGAAAUGGAGCGACAUCGUCGACGAGCAGGUCAGGCAAUGGAAGAUCGACCCGACGAUUCUGCACGAGGAGAAUGCAGUGCGAUUGACUUCAACAACGGACGGACCGCUCAUCUCUUCGACCCCCCUAUCAUCAAGCAAGCCAUUGGAUUGGUAA